AGCUCUGAGCUCAAUUCAUCAAACUAUGACAGAUCUUACAACUCCAUUGUUGCCGCGUAACGAAGAAGAAGACCCAGAAACGCCAGGGCUUGAGGAACAACACUCUUCCUCUAGUCAUGAGGUGAUUGAGCUGAAAAGGCCAAGAUUUGGAUGGAUUCUCUUCUUGCAAGUAAUCCUUUUAUCCAUUGCAAGGAUCUUCGAAGGUCAGCAAACCUUCAUCAGUGUCUACACCGACGCCGAGCCGACGUGGCAUUGCACCGAUGAGAGUGCCUGUGAUUCCAUCUCCGACAUCUGCCAGCUCCCUCCAUCUGUAUGGACCUGGGAUGAGCCUUCUUACACCACCAUCAUUUCUGAUUGGGAGAUCCAAUGCGCCAGUUCCUUCCUUACAGGAUUACCGGCAACAUCUUUCUUCAUUGGUAACCUGUUCGGCGGAAUCCUCCUUGCCUCACUCGCCGAUUCGUUGGUCGGACGCAAGAAUCUUCUUCUUAUGUCAUGCUUAAGCAUGUCCGUGGCUUCAGUUUUAACCAUAUUUUCCCCCAAUAUCUGGGUCUACUCUGCUUUGAGAUUCAUAUGUGGGUUUGGCCGUGCAUCGAUCGGAACAUGCACCAUCGUGUUAUCAACGGAAAUGGUUCAAGAUCGUUUGCGAGGCCAGGUGGGUGUAAUUAUCCCGAUCUUUUUUUCAAUUGGGUAUUUGUCCCUACCCGCCAUAGCAUAUAUGAACAGAGCUUCCUCCUGGAGAACUCUGUACCUCUGGACUUCAAUUCCAGCAAUACUCUACUGCCCAAUUCUUCACUUCUUCGUCCCAGAAUCCCCUCGAUGGCUUUCGAUCAGAGAAGCUCCCCAGAAAGGAACAUCACCGGCCGCUGAGAUGUACUCAUCCGUUAAAAUCUUGUUUCAGAGAAAUUGGAUUAUUAAGCGUCUGAUUUUAGUGAUGCUACUCGGUUUCGGCGUCGGAAUUACUUACUACGGUGUGCAAAUGGGUGUGAGCAACUUAGGAUUUAACACCCACCUAACCGUCACAUUCAACGCUAUAUCAGAGAUAAUCUCAUUCAUCACUCUCGCCUCCUUAAUCGGAAAACUGAAGCGGCGAACUUUAGUGCUCUCAUUUUCCGUUGUGGGUGGAGUUUGCUGUAUUUCUUGUGCUCUGGUGAAGUGGAAUUGGGUCGAAAUGGGGCUGGAAAUGUUAUCCUUGUUCUGCGGCUGUAUGGCAUUUGGAUCGGUAGUGGUAUACACAGUGGAAUUGUUCCCAACAUGUGUGAGGAACUUGACUACGUCGAUGAUGAGGCAAGCGGCCAUACUGGCGGCGGUAUCUUGUCCGGUGUUGGUAUCGGCGGGAAGGAAAGAGAAGCUCCUGUCCUACGGAGUAUUUGGUUCGGUGAUGUUGUGUUGUGGGUUGUUUGUUUGUUGCUUGCCGGAGACAAAAAAUUCGUCACUCUGUGAUACGGUGGAUGAACAGGAGCAGAGAGAAAAUUCGAUCAAGUAGCCAAAAUACAAAGGUGUAUUUGUCACUUUAGGUAUUAUAUUUAUGGAUGUCUAUGAUGAUUGUAUUUGUAUCAAUGGUUAUUUUCCCUUUUCGUUUUGAUCAGAUUAAGACCAUUUAUUAAGGGUAGUUUGGUAACAGAAAGGUGCAGUGUAAUAUUCACUAAACCUAAGAAAAUUGGACCCAGAAG